GUACUUUUACCAAAACGGAGUAACCCAAUAAAGUUUGAAACGCCCGGGAACUGCCAAUCCAAUUCCCGCGAACUAAAUUCCAAUUCGCGAAACAAACGCCUUGGGCAUUGCUUGGCAGUUGGCACACACAACUAACCAAGGCCCACUCCCUUUCCUUCUCUCUCUCUCUCUCUCUCAAGCCCUAGAAAGUACUCCUACAGAAACACCUCUCUCUCUUUUCACUCCAACAAGUUUCGCAUAUACUUUUCCAAACCCCACUCUCCUGAAUGAAAUGUGGGAAAUGGAGAUCGAAGAGAUCGAAUCAGUCCUUGAGAAGAUCUGGGACCUACACGACAAGCUCAGCGACGCGAUUCACUCCAUUUCCCGAUCUCACUUCCUCAGCUCCAUUAAGUCCCUCCGCAAAUCCCACGACCUUUUCCUCUCCCGUAAGAAUAAACCCCCCUCCUUCAACAACAACAGCAGCAACCAGCACCACGGUUCGGCAACAGAUAAAAACCAGCAGACCGGGUUCGUGUUCGUGAAGGAUUUCCGGUCCGACGACGAGGACAACGACUUCUUGGCGGUUCAGGAGGCCAAGAGCCUCAACGCGAUUCGCACGGCGCUCGAGAGCCUCGAGGACCAGCUCGAGUUCUUCCACACUGUACAAGUGCAACAGAGGGCAGAGAGAGAUGCUGCGGUUGCACGCCUAGAACAAAGCCGAAUUGCUCUUGCAAUGAGAUUGGCCGAACACCAAGGCAAGAAGUACAGGGUCAUUGAAGAAGCUGUAGCUUUUGUGGGUGAUGUACGUGAUGCUUGCCAUUUUGUUUCACCGGAAAAUCUGCAUGCUUCUGCUCCAUAUCCACCCGGUGAGAACUUUGUGCUCCCUGCAGGGAAGAGAUCGAGCAAUCUCUUCAAAUUUCUCUUAAGUAGUUUCAAUUUUGCCAAGAAUUCCCUUAGAAUGGAUCAAAUGGGUGGGGUAUUGGGCAAUGCUGCCUUGGUGGCAAUCAGCAUGCUUGCAUUUCUGCAGCUGCAUCAAGCAUCUUGUAAUAACAAGUACAUCUUAGACCUCCCACAGAAGCAAGACGACACUUUCAACAACAGAAGAAGUGUAUCUUCAUCCGGUGGUCGAUUGACCCACCUGGAUGUGAUGUUGGCUAGGGGCUAAGGUGAAGAUAGGCUACUUUGGCAAUGUUUUCGGUAAAUGAAUUUGUCUUACAUUGUUAGAUGAUGAAAGGGCCGUUGUUGUAAUGAUUGUGUGAUCACAAGAACUUCACUGUUUAGGCAAUUUUAUACCACGAAUUCGAGUGAGUUACUAUCUUCGCCAGAUGCUUUCUGUUGGUCUUUACCUAGUUAGUGUGUCUAUCCUUGAGAAAUUUGAUUGUAUAUAUGGACAAAGGCUCUGGUAUAUGUUACGCUUCCGACUGAUAAUACGGUUACUGUUUACGGCUUCAUUCUGUAGCGUUGUCAAAAAGUUUUGAAGGUAAUGAAUGUCCUGUUGGAUUGUUAUAUGCA